UUGUGUUCCCUAGCUUGUGCACUUAUGUAGUGGGUAAGGAGGUGUUUGGGAUACAGCCUCUGUUUCAGGAAGUAACAGUGGAUCCCAUAUUACAGGCUGGAGGAUUUUAUACUUUUUAGCUAUAUUUAUCUACAGUAAAAGGCUGAUGUGAAAUAUUUUUUGCAAUGCUUAUAAUUUUAAAAAUGUUUUCCAAGAAGAGGAAGAUUUUGGAUGAAUUCGGAAACUAGUCACGUUUGAAUGACGUGUAAAAUAGUGAUGUAGGAAUGCACCACACUGGGAUCAUGAAGACUUUGUGUGUUUUGUGUGUGUUUUUGCUGUGUUUUGUGUCAGAGCAAUGCACUUGUGGAAAUCCUGCAAAGCUGCUGCAGCUCACUGCUCAGGGCUUUAAAGAGCACGUGCAGUCCGGAAAAACAGCUCUCAUUUACUUUGGCAAAUAUGCUGAUUCAGCCAUUCAGACGUUUAUAGAGCAGUUAGAGACGUCCGCUGUGGCGUUGGAGGACUAUGGCAUAUUGGUGGCGAUGGUGAACUGCUCCAAAGAAAAUGUCGCAGAAUACUGCACAGAGGAAGAAGUGAUGCGGAAAGCAUAUUUAUUCAGAGGCGCAGAUGUCUUGAGAAGUUUCGAGAUUGACACCAUUUUUGACGUCAACGCCAUCGUGUCCCACAUGCUAUUCACGGUGCUCUUCAACGAGGUUCGAUACAUUCACACUCCAGCUGAGUUGGUCGGCGUUGAAAGAGUGGCGAGGGGAAAGACGGACAUUGUGAUGGGUCACAUACCUGCACUCGGGCUUCCAGAGCACCGGGCUUUAAUGGAGGCGGCGUUUGUUUACGGAGGAAAGUACCAGUUUGUGCAGACCACCGGCGCUCCUCUUCUCAAACACAUGGGGAUUGCUGAUGUGUCCUCUGUCCAGGCGCGUCUCUGGUUCCUCCACUGCAACAGUGUGUCUCACGCGUCUGAACCGUGUCCUCACACACUUAUGAAAAAGCCACUGAGCACCAUCAACAUACACACCUUCCUUCAGCUGAUGGAGGCACCAGUCCUGAUGGAGGCAGAUGUUGAUCCUGAUGACGUGGAUGUGAUCUAUAAUCACUUGAACGUGCCUGUGCUGUUCCUGUUUGCUCAGACUGAGACACUGCACAUGGAUCGCAGCACGGCUGAGGCUUUGGCCUGGAGGCUGCGAGGAGAGAUUGGCCUCGUCCUAAUCCACAGGGACAGUCCCAGGGUGAAAACUCCGGUCAGAUAUAAUGCUGCAUAUCGACUCCCACACAAGGAAGUGAAGUAUUUUACUUUGAAGAAUGUUGAAGAAGUCGUUAACCUUAUUCGGGGGCAACUAUUUCAAGAGGAGAAGGAAGAAGAAGAGGAGGAUGACGAGGAUGAGGAUCACUGGGCUUCUACAGAUGUUUUGGAUGAUGAGGUGGCGGAGUCGGUGUACAGAGACCGCGGUGUAAUGCUGGACAUGGAGUCUGUCUCAGAACUCACAGCUGACACUUUCAGCACUGCAGUAGCUCAGAGCGACCUCACGGUGGUGCUGUUCUACUUUAAAUGGGACGCUGUGUCCAUGGCUUUUCUGCAGUCGUACGUCGAGGUUGCUGAUGCACUUGAAGGUGUGAGUGAUAUCACACUGGCCUCCAUAGACUGUGGCGAGUGGACGUGUGUGUGUCGUGAUCAGAAUGUCUCCUCUUUCCCUUCCGUUCUGCUGUUCCGUCUGGGUGAGGACACUCAGUCCUACAGAGGCAUGAUGGGAACUGAGAGCCUGUAUAGAUUCAUCCUGCUGAGUCAUCUCUCCAUCCCGCUCUCUCUGUCCUCCUCGGAUGAAGUCCUGUCCUUCCUGGAAGGAGAUCUGUAUAACAGACACUCUUCUUUCUCGCCCAUCCGAGUGCUCGGUCUUUUCACACCUGAAGAUCCGGAUGUGGCCAUUUUUGAGGAAGCAGCGAAAUAUCUAAGGGGAGAAAUGAUUCUGGGGCUGUUUGAGCACAUGGAGGCAGAGAGAUGGGCUCAGGAGCAUGCUGUGAUGCUGCCUGCUCUCCUGGUGUCUCAUGGCCCUGGAGUUCAGAGAAAAGCUCAUUCCCUUCUUUUGUCCACGUUACAGGAGAUGAUCUCGCACAUCAGGAGAGUGGCACUUGAUACAUUUCCUGAACUGACAGUCGAGAACCUGCCAUGGUAUUUGGAGCUCAGGAAGCCUUUGCUGAUAAUGUUUGUUGGGGGAGAAGAAAGUCCAGAGACUUUGCAAUCUCUUGAGGAGAUGAAGAAGGCUGAGAGAACGGGACAGCUGGACUCGUCACUGCCAUGCUGGAUCCAUCUGGGUCACACUCCUGCUGGACGGGCCGUCUUAGAGACCUAUCUUAGCUAUGUUCCUCCACUCCCUGCUUUGGUGCUCUCACAGCUGAGCUCAGGUGGAGAGGUGUAUCACUUCCCCACAGAGCGCCCUCUGCUGUCUGAAAACAUCAUUCAGUGGCUGCAGUGGAUAGAAAACAACCAGGAGCAGGCUGCAGGUGUGAUUCCAGAUAAAGCGUGGCGUCCCCCUGUGCCUUUUUAUGACUUUCUGGCCGUCAUGGACGAAGAGGCACCGGGUUACGCAGCUCAGCAGCGCCCUAAAGCAAAGCAUGUGGUCAAAAAGGAGGAGGACGAUAAGAAGAAACGAGGUGCUGGAAGAGAAACAGCUUUCAAACCUCAAAGAACUCCUCGUCAUACCGAACUGUAGACUUUUAUCCUUUUAUCUAGGUGACUCAUCAUGACAAGAUGACAAAAUGAGUCAUGUAAAUAUUUAUAUCAAUAUGAUUGAGGUGUAUGACUCCACACGGCUGCUAUUUUUAUUAUGCUUUUGUAUUAUUUAAAUAUUUAUUUCUUUUUAUUAAUGCAGCAUUUUAAAGAAUAACUUGUUAUUGCUCAUUCCUUUCUCGUCUGAUUUGUACCAGGAACUCAAUAAAAUGCUCAGAUACAGUACUGAUGAGUUCCUGUAAUUAGGCUUGUUUAUGAUUGAUGAGAAGAGCGGUUUCACUGAUUGAGUCAUGACUGCUUUUUUAAUCAUCCGCUCUACGUGCCGUUCUGCUUCUGCCAUUGAAAGUAGCACAACAAACCUGUGUUUCAUUUCCUAUGCUGUAAAAGUUGACCGCGGGGGGAAAAAAACCCAGCAUUAUUUAAAAGAGCAGAGAAAAAGGAAAAGCUUAUAUAUAUAUAUAUAUAUAUGUAUAUAUAUAUAUAUAUAUAUAUAUAUAUAUAUAUAUAUAUAUAUAUAUAUAUAUAUAUCUUGCAAAUGUGAGCUCUUAGGUCUUAUAUAAUAUUGACAUGCUUUCUUCCAAUACAGAUCCAAAUGUUAGACCAUGUUAGAAAAGAACAAGGUUUUUUUUUUUUUUUUUUUUUUUUUUAUUUUUUUAUUUUUUUUUUUUUAAGGUAAAUUGUUUACUUUGUACUCUUUAAUGCUUGAGAACAUUAGAGAGUGACACUGUACAUAAAGUAUAGUUUUGAUCAGCUAGUCUUACUCUGUUUUUAAUCUAGUAAGAUAAUACCUAUUUGAGACAGUACACAUCCUUUUAAUUAUGUAUAAUUUUUAUGUAUGUUAAUGUAUGUAUGUUUCAUGUACCGUAGGUGUUAUAACAUUGAGAAAAUAUGUAUUUUUAAUUAAGGUUCAUUUGAAGAACUGAAGAUUUCCAGAGCUUUCAUAUGAAAACAAUUGCACAACAGUGCUGUCCUCCCAUCAUUUAUUAAAAGCAAUUUCAACAUAGCA